AUGAAGCCUCGUCUCGUCCAGACGUUUCUGCUCCUCCUCGCGAUUUUCCAUCUUGGCAGUGGCGAAAAAUAUGUGCGCUGCCCGGUCAGCGUCCGAUCAUUUACCGGCGACAAUCGGGGCUGCACCCAACUCGCCGGCGUUCCGGAAUCUUUUUCUGAUGAUCGCUACUUUUUCUACGAACGGUUUCCCGGUGACGGCAAGGAUGGAGAUGUUUAUGAAUAUUACGGCUGCGAUGUGGGCAUGACUUUUUGUGGCCACAUCCAAAACGACGAUCGGGAUUGGUUGCCGGGUUGCUACCCUUCUGAAGUGGCUUUUCACAAGGCGGAAACGUGCAAUUGUAUUGGGGCGGCCUUUGGGGACAAAGACUCCUGGCCGACAGUCACCAUGGAAGCCAGCGUCCAUGUGCUCGACUUGUACGACAAACACGCAAGGGACCAGAAAGGGUGCGGCGGGACGGUGGGGUGGCCGCGAGUGUCCGAAGAUCUUCCCCAGAUUGUGAUGUGCGAUGUGACGGGCCCGGUGUAUACCUCGAACACGGGAUGUCGCAUGCUGUCAUCACGGCCGUACGAAGCAUACGCGGUCGCCUUCUACGAGAUGUUACCACUAGCGUCUGGGGGCAAAAUGAAAGUCAUCUACAUGUGCCCAAAGAAGGGCCAGAUGUUCUGCAAGCAAUGGUGGAACAACGGCAUAUCCAACAUCGAGAUCGGCUGCUAUGAGGGCGUUUGGAGGAGAUGGUAUCGCGGGAAGAACAAGGAGUGUACUUGUGAAACUCCGGGCACGGGACACGGCCAGUACGAGGGCAAGCUGAAACAUGAGGACAAGGUGAGUGCCGCGAUCCGAGAAUCAUUUCCGGAGCUGCUGAGCCCGGAUGGGCCUGUGCCGGCAGUGGGAGAGCCGGGUCGGCUCUGUGGUGCUCAUCAGCAGUUUAAGAGGGUACCUCCAAAGACGACGCCUCCACCCACGACCACCACCACGAGGAAGACGACUACCACCACCACGACGAAGGCAACGACCACUACCACGAAGGCAACGACUACCAUGAGCACGAGUGAAACGGAAAAACUUCCCGCGAGUGCGACUCCGCCGCAAGUGAGCACGGCCAGUGCGUCAGGUGAAGAAGAGGAGGAUGGGAGUUUGGUGCCAACAAUCAUCGGCCACGCCGUCGUCAUCACCAUCGAGAUCGGGAUCCUUUGUGUUGGGCUGUGGUUGCUCAAGUCGGCACCUGCUGAUGAUCCGGAUGCGGUGACCCCGGAUAAUGGAGAGGAGGCAACGGAGACACCGGAAGCGGAUGAGGAAGGCCGCGACACGACCACCACCCCGUCGCCGAACGCU